AUGCCCCUUGGACGGAGCACCUCCUCCGUGCCUGGAACCGUGUGGUCCACCGUGAGCCCUCAGGGGCCAGCGAAGCACGCUCGCCGCCCCCCAGUUCUCGCCUCGAGCCCCCACGAGACACUAGGCUCGCUCCUCCGGGCCGUCUCCACCGCACGCCCUGCACCACAGGGACUGCCGGGACUGGAGGCAGACCUGACCCAGCAGGGUCCCCUGGGGGCCACCAGGGGCACAGUCACGCUGCCAAGAGAGGACAUAAUUCAGCAAACGCAGCCUGGCAGCGGGUCCUGUGGCAAAAGCCCGGGAAGAAAGCAAGAAGGCAAAGGUCCAGUUGUGGCCGAAGGCAGCCGGGUGCCGAUGUCCAUGCUGAGGGCCAGCAAGCCUGGGGUCCUCUGCAUGACCGGCUCUUCUCCGUGGACGGUGUCCCGCGGCCAAGAGGCGCCUGAUGGGGCCUGGGAGCGCUUGGCUCUGAGCUCAGCCCACUUCCCAGCACCAUCGAGGCUCAGGCUGUGGGACCCUGAGGAGCAGAGAAGGCCCGGUCCGCCAUGCACAUCCCCAAGGUCCCUCAGCAGGGCAGGGGUGGCCAACGGAGCCCCGUGGCGGCUGGCCUGGUACCUAGGCGUGAUGGGGAAGGAUGAACUGAAGGAGUUCCAGCUUCGGCUGCCUGAGAAGCCGCUCUGCAAGCCCUCUCCCGGCGCCACCCUGGCUCAGCUGCAGAAGGCAGAUGGCAUGGAGGUGGCCUCAGGCCUGGUGGCUCAGUAUGGGGAGCAGCCGGCCUGGGACCUGGCCCUCCGCACCUGGGAGCAGAUGGGCCUGAGCGGGCUGUGCGCCCGCCGGGCCGAGGCGGCCUUCAUGCCAGCCAAUUGCCCCCCACUCCCCUGCUCCCAGAGUGCACCCAGCGUGCAAUCCCCCAGCGGGCUCACCUCCACCGACGUGCUGAGGUUCGUCCAGGCCGCAGAGACGGGGUGUUGGAGACAGCCACCGGACACAUCUGGACACACGCGGAACCGAGACUCUUCCUUGACCUUUUACCAAGCCCUUCCAAGCUCCCCAGACCAAGAGUUGCCACUCCAGGAGUCACCCAGUGCUCCCACGUCCACGGCGGUCCUGGGGGACUGUGGGUCCCCACUGCAGCCCAGCCCCGAGCCCAGAAAGCAGGAGGCUCCCAGGGCUGGGUGGCCUCCAGUCGAAACAUCUGGAAACCAUAGCACAGCCCAGGCCCCUCCCACGGCCCUGGCAAGAGUGUGCCGGGGCGUCGGCAGCGCGCACAGCACGCGGCUUGGAGUGGGCACCUCAAACAGCCGCCGGGUGAACGGGAAGGCACCACACCUGAGGACGAAGAGGCCCUGCCCCACAGAGUCGUGGGGCGCUGAGGAUUUGCACCAAGAAGUCAUACAACUGCUGCUUCUCCAUCAACCUCACCCCAGAUGCCAGGAGUCCCUAACCAAGGGGGACUGGCACCACGGGGCGGUGGAGGAGCAAGGACAUUUGAUUGAGGUCAAAGACUUGUUUGGCCCAGGCCUGGGUGCCCAGGAAAAACCUUGAGCUGUCAUACUGCACGGGGUUACUGGCAUCGGGAAGUCAAGGGUGGCCAGGCAGGUGAGGAGGGACCGCUUCUCUCUUCACGUCCUCUACUUCAGCUGCAGGGAACUGGCCCAGCCCGAGACGGUGAGUCUCACAGAGCCAAUCACAAAGGGCCGGGCUGCCCCCGUGGUUCCCACUGAACAGAUCCUGUCUCAGCUGGGACAACUGCUCCUCAUCCUCGAUGACCUGGAUGAGCCAACGUGGGUCUUGAGGGCAGAAGCCGGUACACACGCUCUGCUGGGCGGGUUGCUCAGGAAAACCAUACUCCCCGAGGCAUCUCUGCUGAUCAUGGCGCGGACCACGGCAUUGCAAAAGUUCCUUCUCUCUGUGGAGCGGCCACGGUGGAUGGAGGUCCUGGGGUUCUCCGAGUCUGGCCAGAAGGAGUAUUUCUACAAAUAUUUCAGGAGUGAAAGCCAAGCAGUCAGAGCCUUUAGCUCGGCUGAGUUAAACCAAGCACUGCUGACCAUGUGUCUCAUGCCCUUGGUGUCCUGGCUGGUCUGCACUUGUGUGAAGAAGCAGAUGGAGCAGGGAGACGAGCUCUCACCCCCCCAGACCACCACAGCCCUCUGUCUGCACUACCUUUCCCAAGCUCUGCCAGCCCAGCCCCUUGGGACUCAGCUGAGGGGCCUCUGUGCUCCAGCUGCCGAGGGCAUCUGGCAGGGAAGGAGCCUGCUCAGUUGGGAGGAUCUCAGGAAGUGUGAGUUGGAGGAGGCCACCAUCUCCACUCUCUUAAACAUGGGCACUCUUCGAAAGCAUCCCUCCUCCCUGAGCUACUGCUUUGCUCACCGGUACCUCCAAGAGUUCUUUGCAGCAGUGUCCUGCAUGCUGGGGGGCAAGGACAGGAAAAUCCACCCUCCCGACAGCACCAGAGAGCCGGAAAACCUGCUAAAGGCGUAUGGGAGUCUCAACCCGUUUAGGGUACCAACCACGCGUUUCAUGUUGGGCCUUCUGAGUGAGCAGGGGGAGCGACAGAUGGAGGCGGUCUUCCAGUGCCAGGUGCCUGGGGAGAAGAAACAGGGACUGUUGUUCUGGGUGGAGGCGGAGGUCUGCAGCCAGCUCCCCAUUCUACAGCAAUGCUCUCUGCCCAUGUGCCACUGCCUGUACAAGAUUCAGGACAAGGAUUUCCUGGCACACGUGAUGGCCCGUUUCCAUGGGGCGAGCAUGUGUGUCCACACUGGCCUGGAGCUCCUGGUGUCCACGUUCUGCAUUAAAUUCUGCAACGUGAAUAAGCUUCAGUUGAAUGCGCACAGAUGGCUCAGCGGGGUCCCAGUCACAGAUGCCUGCUGGCGGGUUCUCUUUUUCACUCUCUGGGCCACUGGAAACCUGAAGGAGCUGGACCUGAGUGGAAACUGCCUGAGCCACUCCGUGCUGCAGAGUCUGUGCGAGGCCCUGAGGUUCCCUGGCUGCCACUUGGAGGCCCUGCGGCUGGCCGGCUGUGGCGUCACGGCUGAGGGCUGCAGGGACCUCGCCUCGGCGCUGAGCUCCAACCAGACCCUGACCGAGCUGGAGCGGAGCUUCAAGUCGCUCCUGGACAAGGGAGCCGGGCACCUUUGCAAGGGGCUGAGACGGCCGGGCUGCAGGCUGUCUCCCCUGCAGGCCGUAGGCUGUGGCCUCACGUCCAGUGGCUGCCUGGCCCUGGCCUCCACGCUGGGUGCCAGCCCCAGCCCGAAGGAGCUCGAUCUGCAGCAGAAGGAGCUGCAGGACGUCGGCAUGCGGCUACUCUGCUGGGGGCUCGGGCACCCUGCCUGCCGGCUCACACUCCUGGGGCUGGACCAGACCCAGCUGAGUGAGGAGGUGACCCAGAUGCUGAGGGCCCUGGAGGAGGAGAAGCCUCCGCUGCUCAUCUGCAGCAGAUGGGAAGGGGCUACCGGGGAAGCCUGGACUCCGGCCACACAUUCAAAUUGCGACAAGCGGAAUUUAAGUGAGGGUGUCAUGGAGACAGCCCCAGCGUCCUCUAAGAUCUCGGGGAGAAUGAAGGCCUCCGUGUCGAGGAAGCCCAGUGUGACAAUGGCUAACGAGGGCCCGAGCAAGCGAGAGACGAGCGGCACGUCCUCACUCAAGCAGCAGGGACGAGAAUCAGAGGGACGCUCCCCUCAAGUAGCCCAGGUGGGACUCUUCCGUCUGCCUUCUCCGGGGGACCUGCACAUGGAGCCUCUAGGGACCGAGGAUGACUGCUGGGCUCCCCUGGGGCCUGCGGCCACUGAGGUGGUUGACGAAGACAGAAGCCUAUACCAAGUUCGCUUGCCCGUGGCUGGCUCCUACCACUGGCCCAACAUGGGUCUCCGUUCUGUGGUGCGAGGGCCCGUGACCAUCGACGUUGAAUUCUGCGCCUGGGACCAGCUCCCGAGCGGGAUGGUCCCACAGCAGGCCUGGAUGGUGGCGGGGCCUCUGUUUGACAUCAAGGCCGAGCCGGGGGCCAUGGUGGCUGUGUACCUCCCCCACUUCGUGGACCUCCGAGACUUCCUCCCCACAAAGUCCCGACAACCAUGA